UAUUCUUGCUAAGUCUCUCUCUCCCCGAAGCCAUGGCCUUGAAUUUGACAGUACCUCUUCAAACCUUACAAACCACCAGCCUGAGCCUGCGACGAACGACUACUCCAGCAUCUCUCGUCGGCCCAAAGUCCCAUCUUCGUCCCUCCACUGCUACCUUUUACCAGUCGUUGAAAGCAACAAGCCCCAACGGCGUUGGUAGUAGAACAUCGCUUCGUGUCGUGGCGAGGGCCUCCACUUCCGAAUUUGUCCCUAACGUUGGUCAUGUCCUCGGUGAUGUUACGAUUUUCAACGCUGCUGGUGACCCCGUCUUGUUCAAGCACCUAUGGGACCAGGACAACGGAAUAGCUGUUGUUGCACUUUUGAGGCACUUUGGGUGCCCUUGCUGUUGGGAACUUGCUUCUACUUUGAAAGAAUCCAAACAGAGAUUUGAUGCAGCGGGUGUGAAAUUAGUUGCUGUUGGUGUUGGCACUCCUAAUAAAGCUCGGAUUCUCGCUGACCGGCUACCAUUUCCAGUGGAUUGCCUGUAUGCUGAUCCUGACCGUACGGCAUAUGACAUUUUGGGCUUAUACCAUGGUUUUGGGCGUACAUUUUUCAGUCCGGCUAGUGCCAAGGUGUUUUCAAGAUUUGAGGCUCUGCAGAAGGCUUUGAAGAACUAUACCAUUGAAGCCACCCCAGAUGAUAGAAGUGGUGUACUGCAACAGGGAGGGAUGUUUGUCUUUAAAGGGAAAGAAUUGUUGUAUGCGCGGAAAGACGAAGGAACAGGCGAUCAUGCCCCUUUAGAUGAUAUAUUUGAUGUCUGCUGCAUGGUUCCAGCUGCAUGAAGAAGCUUUACAAUGGAUCGCUCUUCCAGAUACCGUGUGAAUUUUUGCUUCUAUGUCUGAUCUGAUGAAGCAUAAAUUGAAAUGCGGUCAAUAUCUAUAAUCCAAUAAUAUCUGCCGACAGCAAUUAUGUAGUAUCGCCUAUAUUAUAUGUAUAUCUGCAUAGCUGCUUAAAUGCAUGUAUGUAGUCUUUUGUGAU